AUGGUUAAAUUCUCUUUCUUGGCUGUUGUUUUAACCGCUUUCCUUGCUUCAAAUGUCAACGGUGAAAAUUACACCGUUCAAGUUGGCGUUGAUGAUACGCUUGCCUUCGCUCCAGACAGAUUUGAUGCAAAUGUUGGAGAUAACAUUGUGUUUCAUUGGGUUUCGGCAAAAGCAAAACAUACUGUAAUUGAAUCCGAUCGAGAGGCCACGUGCAAUAAAUCCACUAAACCGCUUGCUUUCGCUUCAGUAGCUUACACAGGUAACCCAGAAGCUCCUCCAAAAGCCGUGUGGAAAUUAGAUACGGCCGGUCCAUUAUACUAUUUUUGCAAUAUUGGAACACAUUGUACUGCGGCAAAUAUGUACGCUAUGAUUAACGUUCUUGAAGUGGGACAAACGCCGCAAGUACCUGGAUUUACUAAACUUCCAGAACCCAAAUCAACAUCAACUUCCGCGUCUCCAUCCAAGAAAACCAAAGCUGCGGGCGCAGAUGAAUCGUCAAGCGCUAAUGAUGGCAAACGAGUAUCAUUUGCUGUCGUAUGUGGCGCCUUGAUAUCUUUAGCUGUAAAUUUAAUAUAA